GCGGGGAUCCCGCAGUCGUUCGUCUUGAUUCUCCUCACCGAGAUCGGCGACAAGACGUUCUUCCUCGCGAUGAUGCUCGCGGCGAGGCACGGGAAGCUCCAGGUGUUCUUAGCGUCCAUCUCCGCGCUGUUCUUCAUGACCCUCGGGAGCGCGCUCGCGGGGUACUUGGUGAGCACGAGCGCGGAGAUGCUGCACUCGAGCGUGAAAAUAAUGGAUUGGGUCGCCGCCGUGCUCUUCGUCCUCUUCGGCGCGCAGAUGCUGUGGGACGCUCGAAAGCUUCACAAAGAAGACGCGAAGGACGAGGAAGUCGCGGCGCUCCUAGGCGGCGAGGGCGCGAGGUCGUCGUCGCACGGCGAGAGAGCGGACGCGGAGGAGACGCUCCGGGAGAAGGACGAGAAGAGUCCGCCGCCGUCCACGCGGUGGGAAGCGUUCGCGCGCGUCUUCUCCAUCAUGAUGGUCGCGGAGUGGGGGGACCGGAGCAUGUUCGCGACGCUGACGUUGGCGACGAAACAUAACCCGGCCGGGGUCGUCGUCGGCGCGAUGGCCGCGCACGCGAUCGCGAACGCGCUCGCGGUCGUCGGCGGCGAGCUGCUGUCGAAGCGCAUCAGCGAGAAGCUGAUG